AUGCUUGCUUCCAGACAGGUUCUGGGCAGUAUUGCUCGGAGCCGCGCCGCCGGUGGCGCGGCCAGCAGCGUCCGCCGUCUGGCUACCGUCUCUGAUUCUGCCCUCGACAGAAAGGUCCGCCAGAACAACUGGGAGGAGAACAACUUCAUCAACUACAAGAAGAUGUCCGAGAACCUCUCCAUCGUCCGUGCCCGCCUCAACCGACCUUUGACCUAUGCCGAGAAGAUUCUCUACUCUCACUUGGACGACCCUCACGGCCAAGACAUUGAGAGAGGCAAGUCUUACCUCAAGCUGCGCCCUGACCGCGUUGCUUGCCAGGAUGCUACUGCCCAGAUGGCUAUCUUGCAGUUCAUGUCCGCUGGCAUGGAUGCCGUUGCCAACCCCACCACCGUCCACUGUGAUCAUCUGAUUGAGGCCCAAGUUGGUGGUGCCAAGGAUCUUGAGCGAGCCGUUGGCAUCAACAAGGAGGUUUACGAUUUCUUGUCUUCUGCUUGUGCCAAGUACAACAUCGGUUUCUGGCGUCCUGGCUCUGGUAUUAUCCACCAGAUUCUGCUUGAGAACUAUGCCUUCCCCGGUGGUCUUCUCAUUGGUACUGAUUCGCACACUCCCAACGGCGGUGGUCUUGGUAUGGCUGCUAUCGGUGUGGGUGGUGCUGACGCUGUUGACGUCAUGGCCAACCUGCCUUGGGAGCUGAAGGCCCCCAAUGUCCUCGGUGUCAAGCUGACCGGCCAGCUGUCGGGAUGGACUUCGCCAAAGGACAUCAUUCUCAAGGUCGCUGACAUCUUAACUGUCAAGGGCGGUACUGGGUCUAUUGUUGAGUACCACGGCCCCGGUGUCGAGGGCAUCUCAGCCACUGGCAUGGGUACGAUCUGCAACAUGGGUGCCGAGAUUGGUGCCACCACCUCCCUGUUCCCCUUCAACGAUCGUAUGUACGACUACCUUGCCGCUACUAAGCGCAAGGAUAUCGGAGACUUCGCUCGCGCUUAUGCUACCGAGCUUCGCGAGGAUCAGGGUGCCGAGUACGAUCAGCUUAUCGAGAUCAACCUGUCUGAACUUGAGCCUCACAUCAACGGCCCAUUCACUCCUGAUCUGGCCACUCCUAUUUCCAAGUUUAGCCAGGCUGUCAAGGACAACAACUGGCCCGAAGAGCUCAAGGUUGGUCUGAUUGGCUCUUGCACCAACUCAUCCUACGAAGACAUGUCCCGCGCCGCCUCUAUCGCUCGUGAUGCUCUCGACCACGGCUUGAAGGCCAAGGCUGUUUUCACCGUUACUCCUGGCUCUGAGCAGAUCCGCGCAACUAUUGAGCGCGAUGGUCAGCUCCAGACCUUUGAGGAAUUCGGCGGCCUUGUCCUUGCCAAUGCUUGCGGUCCUUGUAUUGGUCAGUGGGAUCGUCGGGAUGUGAAGAAGGGUGAAGCCAACUCCAUUCUCUCUUCGUACAACCGAAAUUUUACCGGACGUAACGACGGCAACCCUGCCACCCACUCUUUCGUCACCUCCCCCGACCUGGUUGUCGCUCUCUCCAUUGCGGGCUCUCUGCACUUCAACCCCCUUACCGAUAAGCUUGUCGGCAAGGAUGGCAAGGAGUUCUUGCUCAAGCCCCCCACUGGCGACGGCCUCCCUGCCAAGGGCUAUGAUGCGGGCCGGGACACCUACCAGGCCCCGCCCAAGGAGCGUGCUUCCGUUACCGUGCAGGUCAGCCCCACAUCUGAUCGUCUCCAGGUCCUGGAGCCCUUCCAGCCCUGGGAUGGCAAGGAUGCCAAGGACGUGCCUAUCCUGAUCAAGGCCAAGGGCAAGACCACCACUGACCACAUCUCCAUGGCUGGCCCCUGGCUGAAGUACCGUGGCCACCUUGAUAACAUCUCCAACAACAUGUUGAUUGGUGCUAUUAACGAGGCCAACGAUGAGGCCAACAAGGUCAAGAACAUCACCACUGGUGAAUGGGAUGCUGUUCCCGCAGUUGCUCGCGACUACAAGAAGAAGGGUAUCAAGUGGGUUGUCGUUGGUGACUGGAAUUACGGCGAGGGUAGCUCUCGUGAGCAUGCCGCUCUGGAGCCUCGUCACCUGGGUGGCCUGGCCAUCAUCACCCGAAGCUUCGCUCGUAUUCACGAGACCAACUUGAAGAAGCAGGGCAUGCUUCCCCUGACCUUUGCUGACCCCGCUGACUAUGACAAGAUCAAGCCUGAUGACAAAGUUGAUAUUCCGUGCACCCAGCUUGCCGUUGGAAAGCCUCUCAUCAUGACUGUUCACCCCAAGGACGGCAAGCCUUUCGAAGUCAAGCUGCAGCAGACUUUCAACGAGGCACAGAUUGAGUGGUUCAAGAACGGCAGCGCCCUGAACACCAUGGCCAAGAAGAAUUAA